AUGACAUUUAUCUACAACUACUUCUCCGGCGACAGUACCGCGCUCUCCGAACGCGAAAACGCCGCCCUCCUCAAAGCUCUCCUCAAGGACCACAAAGCCGCCCUCAAGGUCGAACACAAGCAAUACGAACUCGAAUACAAGCAAGCUCUCAAAGACGCCGAAGCCGAGUACAAACGCGCCAAGAAACAAGCAGAAGAAGACAUGUACCGCAAGACCCUCGAGGCUGUCAAGCGAGAAGUCGAUAUCAUUACCACGACGGACGAGUAUGCCGAUUCGGACGAAAAGACCAGGAUCAAGAUUGCGCAGUUCCAGAACUGGAUGGGACAUGCCGCUGCUCAUAGGGCUCUUGAGAAAUAA